CAAUUUAAAAAGCAAAUGGUUGAGAGCCCAAACUGGUAUUGCUCGUGGAUAAUAUUCUUCCCCCCCCCAGAAAAUUCCUAAAAUAAGCAAAUCCGAAAGUAAAACGCUGCACUUCACUAAUGUCAAAGGACGGUGAGGUGCAUCCUAUGGCGUUCCGGGCAGUAUGAGCGGAUUUAUCGAUUGCCACUGUCACUUAGCGGCGCAGGAUUUCUUAACAGAUAUUGAUGCAGUAGUAGAGCAAUCUAAAAAGGUUGGACUCCUUGCUCUUGUGGCAGUAGCAGAGCAUGCUGGAGAAUUUGAAAGACUAAUAGAGCUUUCAGACAAAUAUCCUGGGUUUGUGCUACCAUGUUUUGGAGUUCAUCCGGUGCAAGGAAAUCCACCACAAGAACAACGUAGUGCCACUCUUGAGGAUUUGGAGGAUGCACUUCCAUUAAUAGAAAAAUAUAAGGGAUGUUUACUGGCAAUUGGAGAGGUUGGAUUGGAUUUCACCCCACGUUUUGCCAGCACUGAGGUACAGAAGAAUGAACAAAGAAAGGUCUUCAUUGAACAAAUUGAAAUUGCAAAGAAGUUGGACUUACCUUUAAAUGUACAUUCUCGCUCUGCUGGACGACCAACCAUUAACCUACUGAAGGAACAAGGAGCUCAGAAGGUAUUGCUUCAUGCUUUUGAUGGAAAACCCUCUGUGGCUAUGGAAGGUGUGAAAGCUGGAUUUUUCUUUUCAAUACCACCAUCCAUUAUACGAAGCGAGCAGAAGCAAAAACUGGUGAAGCAAUUGCCAUUAGAGUGUAUAUGCUUAGAGACAGACUCUCCCGCAUUAGGACCGGUAAAACAGAUAAGAAAUGAGCCCCAGAACAUAUCAAUUUCCUGUCAGUACAUUGCACAGGUUAAAGGACUUUCAGUGGAGAAAGUCAUGGAGGUGACAACACAGAACGCAAUCAAACUUUUCCCAAAACUGCAAAAAUUUAUCCAUUUAUAAAUCUUUGCAAUAAUUGACAGAAAUUAGUAUAAAUUUGUGAAUGCAAUUUAAGCUUAACAUAGAGUUAAGGUUUAAUAAAAUAUGCCUCAAAGUGCAAUAUAAUAGUUGUGUCAACUUUACCACAUUAUGACAGAGUUAUAAAGUUAUGGAGCAAGGAUAAAGCCGCUUCAGCCCAACUUUUCCAUGUUGAGCAAGGUGCUGACCUGAUCUAAUCCCAUUGCCUGAAUUUGACCCAUAUCUCUAAAUGUUUCAGAUUCAUGUACCAACCAAGUAUCUUUAAAACCUUCUAAUUAUACCUACCUUUACCUCUUCCAUUGCCAGCUGGUUCCAUAUGUUCACCAGUCUCUGUGUGGAAAAACUUGCCUCUUGCAACUUCCUUAAACCUUUUCUCUUGUCUUAAAUCUAUGCCCUCUAGUUUUAGACUCUCCUGUGGGAGAAAGACUGACAAUUUAUCUUGUCUGUGCCCUGAAUAAUUUAUAGACCUCUAUAAAGUUACCCCUCAGCUUCCUCCAGUCCAGGGAAGACAAAUUCUGCUUUACGUAUAACUCAAGCCUUCAGUCUGGACAAAGUAUUUUAUGACUCUUUUCUGGAUCCUGAAGUUAAAUCACAUCCUUUUUAUAGCAUGGCAACUAGAACUGCAUGUAAUACUCUUGACUACAGCAUCACCAAUGUCUUGCACUUGUGGUUUGCUUUACUUAAAAGCCUAUCCACUGAUUCUAAGGUUAAAAUCACUUUCAUUAUUAACUAAACAUUGUUUAUGCAAAUCUGAAAAGCUUUUGGUGAAUAUAUUUUUCUUUUGAAAUAAAGAAGUUGGGAAUUCACAAUAAAUCCAUCAUUAUCUGAGGUAACAAAAGUACAUUAGCAUUUGAGUGUGGAAAUUUCAUCAAAGUAUUCCAUUAUAUAGUCAAACUGACAUUAUUUAUAGACAUAUAUCAAAAAAUAUAUAUUGAGCAAUGAUCCAACUUUUUUGAAUUGUUAUUCAACUUUGCUGUAUGUCUAGAUACUUUAAAAAUACACUCAGUGGCCAUUUUAUUAGGUAACUCCUAGUACCUAAUAAUUCUGCUACUGUAGCCUAUCUACUUCAGGAUUUUAUGUGUUCAGAAAGCCUGUUCUGCAGGUAACACAUGGUUAACUGAGUUAUUGUCGCCUUGCUGACAGCUUGAACUAGGCUCUCCAUUCUCCUCUGACUUCUCUCAUUAUCAAAGCCCACAGAGCUGCCACUCACUGGAUUUUUUUUUCUUUUUGAACCAUUCUCUGUAAACUGUAAAGACUGUUGCAUGUGAAAAUCCCAGAUCAGCAGUUUCCAAGAUACUAAAACCAUUCUGUCUGGCACCAUAAUCAUUCUACCGUCAAAGUCACUUAGAUUAUAUUUUUUUCCCUGUUCUGGUGUUUGGUCUGAAAACAACUGAACCUCUUGACCAUGUCUGCAUGCUUUUAUUCAUUGAGUUUUGGCUGUAUGAUUGACUGAUUAGAUAUUUGCAGUAAUGAGUUGGUGUACUGAUGUGCCUAAAAAAGUGGCCACUGAGAGUAUAUGUAUUGAAUUGCAGAUAGCUAGCUUCUGGGGAUGCCUUCUAUUACAAAGAUGACACUUUUUGUAAUGUCCUGAUAUGGUUGUCUUGAAAUUUUAGAUUUUGAUGUUGCAAAUCAUCUUUUGUGUAAUUUCAUGAAUUACCUUACAUAUGAAACCAUGGGUAGCAAAAUAAUCAAAUCAAAAAUGCAUAAAAUGAUCUUUUAAAAAUUA